UAUUGUGGUGAUCCGGGUCUUCCACCCGACGCCACGCUAUACAACGUAAACACCGGUCGUAUUCGUUACCACUCGGGAGAAGUGGUCCGAUACCGGUGUAGUCCUGACUUUCAUACGUUUAGUCAAACCAGAAAAUGUGUUUCCGGCCGUUGGGUCGGAGAGAUGGCCCGAUGUGGUAUUCCCAUUGAAAACGAUAUACAAUUGGUUCAAGUGUUUAAUUGCAGUGACAGUGAAAACAGUACAACAAAUAAUGAAAUAUUAAAUUUGCAAUUAAACCAAACGGAAAACCCAUUACUAUUUGCCAACUCCUUUCACGCCAGUCGUCACGAAUCGGGUCCCAUAACAGUGAACGGCUCCGAGUGUUAUAUCUGGAAAUUCAAACUCCAGAGGCCGACAAUCAUACCAUUCUUGACCAUAGACUUCGCCACUCAACUCAACCCAAAGGAGACAAUCAACGCAUCGGUCGACGACUUUAACGUCACUUCAAUGCGAACCGAAGUGUUAAUUGUGGAGCCGUUCGUGAGUCCGUACAGAAUUUGUCGCCGAUUAAGUAAAUCGGAUUUCCUUAACGGCGAUCCCAUCACUAACUCAACGUAUUUGUUGAGUGGAUAUUAUUUUCGUUGCGAUAAUAUUGGCGAAAAUGAGUACAAACUCGAGUCGAAGAGAGUGUCGCAAACAUUUUUGGUUCAAACCCGAACUCAGUACAGACGAGACGUCCAUUUAGUGGCCGUAUUUUUGGCCACACAUAAGAUCGAUCACAAAACCGAUAAACCCGAGUGCGGCAAACCUGAGACUGUAAGCACUGGUGUUAACUUUCGGGAAUCAAAUUUAGGUUUAUCUCAGUUUCAGUUUCAAUGCAACGAUUCAUUCAGUGAUAUGACGCCAAACAGACUCCAAACCCAUACUCCUGUCACCACAACAGCCGGCAAUCCGUGGUAUUCAAUGAAUUGUACAAUCAAUGGCUUCUUUAAGGGCCAGUUCCCGAUCUGUGUGCCAAAGACUCAAUGCCCGGGAAUUGAGUACUUGGAAGAGACCAAAGACCCAAGUGUUGUCAUUGAAUCCCUAGAAAACGUUUUCUACUUAAAUGCUAGUCAUUGGGUGCCCACAGAGUAUAGUCAUGUGAACUACGGCUGUAUAGAUGCCGAGCAUAUAGUUAUCGGCAGACUUUCCAGGAUUUGCCUGAAGGGCGGCAUUUGGAGCAGUAAUGUACCGAAAUGCUCGGCUUAUGUAACACCAGAUUCGCUGAGCCCAGUGGCACAAUCUCCAUGGACUGUAAUCGCUCUGAUGAAAGAGUUAAUGAGAUAUAGAAAUAAAUCGCGAAGAAAACAGACAUCGGUUUACGCGGACGUGAAGAGCAGCAGUAUUUACUACAUCUACGAUGACUGCGAGACCAGUACUUCUGGGGCCCGGUUUGGGAGUCGACCAAACAAUAGGGUCGCCAGAAAAAGUCAUCCAAAAUAUAAAUAUGAUGCCGAGUAUAUUGAUUUUGAGGGCUCAUCUAGCGUGGACAAUUCCGAACCAUUGUACAUCCCUAUACUACCGCCCACUUAA